UGACGUGACGUUGGUGACAGAAAAUGGCGCCGGCGCUGGAGCUGAACCUCGUCCUCUUCCUCCUCCUCUUCCUCCUCUCCCUCCUCUUCGCCACACCAGCCCGGGCACAAGAACCCCAACCCUUGGAGGUGACCGGAGCCGUGGGCGGGGUGGCACUUCUGAACCCCCAAAUGCCCCAAAACCCCUCAGAAUACUCCCAAAUCCACUGGCGAUGGAAAACCGAGCUGAAGAUCGCCACCCUGAAGAGGGGGGAGCAGCCCAGGUACCUCCAGAGCCGCUUUGAGGGACGCCUGGAGCUCCUGGAGAACGGAACCCUCAGGAUGAGCAACCUGAACCUCGGGGACAGCGGCGAGUUCCGGCUGUACCUGGAGGAUGACACGGGCAGGGAGAGCGUCCAGAAGGUUCUGCUGAGGGUCUACG